GGAGCGGCAGCCGCGGGCUCACGCCGUAAACAAGGCAACAUGGCGGCAGGGGCCCCGGGGGCCCUGGGCGCGCUGCGGGCCGGCCGCGCGCGCCUGGUGGCAACCUGCCGUGGGCGGCUCAGCCCGGGGUCGAGGCAGUCCAGCUCGUUGGCGGGCCGGCGGGUGGGCCCGGCGACCUGGGCCUGGGGCUGGGCGCCCGCGGCUGGGGGUCCUGGCUGGAGGAGGGGCUUCAGCUCUGAAGUGAAGACGGAGGACGAGCUGCGAGUGCGGCACCUGGAGGAGGAGAAUCGAGGAAUUGUGGUGCUUGGAAUAAAUAGAGCUCAUGGCAAAAAUUCACUCAGUCUAAAUCUUAUACAAAUGUUGUCAAAAGCUGUGGAUGCUUUAAAAUCCGAUAAAAAAGUACGGACCAUAAUAAUCAGGAGUGAAGUCCCAGGGAUAUUCUGUGCUGGUGCUGACCUUAAGGAAAGAGCCAAAAUGAAUUCCAGUGAAGUUGGUCCUUUUGUCUCCAAAAUAAGAGCAGUGAUUAAUGAUAUUGCUAAUCUUCCAGUGCCAACGAUUGCAGCAAUAGAUGGACUUGCUUUAGGUGGUGGUCUUGAGCUGGCUCUAGCAUGUGAUAUUCGAGUAGCAGCUUCUUCUGCAAAAAUGGGCCUGGUUGAAACAAAGUUGGCAAUUAUUCCUGGUGGAGGGGGGACGCAGCGAUUGCCACGUGCCAUUGGGAUAUCCCUGGCCAAGGAGCUCAUCUUCUCAGCCCGCGUGCUCGAUGGCCAAGAAGCCAAGGCAGUGGGCUUGAUCAGCCAUGUUCUAGAACAGAACAAGGAGGGGGAUGCUGCCUACAGAAAGGCUCUGGACCUAGCAAGAGAGUUCUUACCUCAGGGACCUGUUGCAAUGAGAGUGGCAAAAUUAGCAAUUAAUCAGGGGAUGGAGGUCGAUUUAGUAACAGGGUUAGCCAUAGAAGAAGCUUGUUAUGCUCAGACCAUUCCAACGAAAGACAGACUAGAAGGUCUUCUUGCUUUUAAAGAGAAAAGGCCUCCUCGCUAUAAAGGAGAAUAGAAGAAGCAGACAUUCGUAAAAUGCCAGUGUGGUAACCGUACUGCUGGACAUAUCUUUCAGGUCCGCUAUAUGCCUCAGCACAUGGAAUCUCAGCGACCAAAGUGAAGAGCAAAUUAUUCAUGUAGUGUAUUAAGCAUCUGGAAUGGACCCGUGUACUUCACUCAAAUGCGUGAAUGUCAUAUUCAUUCAUAUUUAUAAAGCUAGUAGUGUAUAUUGUCAAAAACAGUCAAAAUUAGGUAUACAUUUAAAAAUAUUUCCUGCAUAUGAAGCUUCUGUUCUUAAUUUUUUAAUGUGAAUAAUUUAUAUAUUGCAUAUUCUAGGAAAUAAUAUUGAUUGUAUGUCUACUGUGCUCCAUUAAUAAAUUAUUUCUAUAUACCAAAAA